AUGAAGACCGCUGUCCUCCUCUCCGUCCUUGCGGCUCUGGCCUCCGCUACCCCCACUGUCAAGCAACCCCCCAGCAAGCGCAGCGACCUCACAGCUGUCACAGUCUCGGGCAAUGCUUUCUGGCAGGGUAAAACACGCUUUUACCUCCGUGGUAUCGACUACCAGCCUGGCGGUGCUGCGGCCAACACUGACCCUCUGGCCGACACUACCGUCUGCGAGCGCGAUAUUGCCAAGUUCAAGGAUCUUGGCGUCAAUGUCAUCCGUGUCUAUGCCGUCGACAAUAGUGCUAACCACGACAAGUGCAUGUCUGCGCUCAACGAUGCCGGCAUCUACCUGGUUCUCGACGUCAACAACCCAGCCUACUCCAUUAACCGAGCCGAUCCUGGCCCUUCAUACAACACUGCCUAUCUCCAAAGCGUCUUCGCCACCGUCGAGAUGUUCGCACAGUACAAGAACACUCUUGCCUUCUUCUCGGGCAAUGAGGUCAUCAACGACGAGGCAGAUACCGACAAGUCCGCUCCUUAUGUCAAGGCCGUCACCCGUGACAUGAAGAACUACAUGAAGGAGCGUGGUCUUCGCGCCGUUCCCGUUGGCUACUCGGCUGCGGAUGUUUCGUCCAACCGAAAGCAGACCGCUGACUACAUGAACUGUGGUUCUGAUGAUCUGCGAUCUGACUUCUUUGCCUUUAACGACUACUCGUGGUGCAACAGUGACUUCCAGACCUCCGGCUGGGAUGCCAAGGUCAAGAACUUCACGGACUAUGGCCUCCCCAUCUUCCUCUCUGAAUAUGGCUGUAUCAAGAACCGCCCUCGCAAGUUCGACGAGGUUAGCGCCAUGAUGAGCACCGACAUGAGCGGCGUCUACUCUGGUGGCUUGCUCUACGAGUACUCCAUCGAGGAGAACGACUACGGCAUCGUCAGCAUUGGUAAAGACGACAAGGUGACCACCAUCUCGGAGUACAACCUCUUCAAGACCGCCCUCUCCGAGAACGCUGCUCCCACUGGUGAUGGUGGUGCCGCCUCCACCACUCACAGCCAGGCUUGCCCCACCUCCGCUUCUGACUGGCAGGUCAAUCCAAGCUUGGUCCCUGAGAUGCCCUCCGCGGCCCAGAAGUACAUGACAAAGGGCGCUGGCGACGGCCCCGGUCUCAAGGGUGAUGGCUCCCAGGACAAGGCCGACAGCGGCACCGCCACUGCUAGUGUUGAUGCCGGAACCACUGGCGGUUCCUCGUCGUCCUCGGAAACCAGUGACAGUGCUGCUCCUACCAUGAUGGCCCCCAUGGAUCUGGCUCCCAUCUGCGUUACUGGCGCCGCCAUCAUCUUCACCCUGUUUGGCGCCCUCCUCCUCUAA